AUUUGAGGCUCAAUAAAACGCGGGCCCAGCUGGCGAUGCCUUCUUUCCGCCCUUGGAAAGCUCAGAUUGCUUAUUUGGAACCUCGGUGCACGCUUCCCACGCACACAGCGAUUCUCGUGACACACGCAGUGGGCCCUUCCCCGCCUCCGCAGGCCGAAGUCACCAAAUGACCCGACCCCAUCAGCCGUCAAUCCUGCGGCUCUAGCUGCCCUUCCCAGCCCCUCUUCCAAGAAGUUUCCAUUCGUUUUAUUUCUCUGCCCAGCCUGAGGUCCUCGGUGAUAGGUUCCAGCAUGGAUUUUAAUUGCCUCAGUCAGCAGUCUUUCUCCCCAUCCGUCAGUCACAACCUGGACUGUGGGUUCGGCUGGCACGCACUCCGAAAAGCAGAAAUGGUGCGCUCCCGGGGACUGCGCGGCUCAGUAGGCAAGCAUUUAGGCUCUACUAAGGAACUGAAUUGAGCCCAUCAGCGCACAGGUGCCCUUCCCCCAUCGUAGCCUCCCCGGGCUCGAGAACCGCUCUUGAUUCCUGCCCAGCUGCCGGGCUCCUGGGGUCACCGUGACCUCAGCACCCUCUUGGAGGAAGGCGGCACGGGAAACGCGCCUCCUUCCCCACAGCCCGAGCCAGACCUCAAACAAUACGCCGGUAGAUACAAAUGUUAAGACUCUCUCGGCCACCCUUCCCGCGGGCCAAAGUCUCUCUGGUCUACCCCUGUCGAGGUCGGCAGGCGGUCAGUUGCCUUAGCCCUCCGGACAGCGCGCCCGGGCCCGCAGGGACUGCCAGCACACUCACGCCUCUCGCUGCCCUGGGGCUCCCCUGCACGCCUCCCACCCACUCACACUGACUCCAGCUCGGGCAUGCUGUCUACCUCGCACUCUCACGAUUCAGCUCCCUCCCUCUUCCAUUUUUUCCCUCCUCCGCCCCCUCAUCCAUCCCUAUUGGGCUCCCUCCCCUUCAAAAUCACUCAGGCGCUCCGCGCUUGCCCAUCUUCAGGCUGUGAGGACCCUUCAAUUCCCUUUCCUAUUCAACCUCCAAAGCUUUCAGAGCUUUGCCACGUCUCUAAACCCUAAUCCCAACACACACACACACACACACACACACACACACACACACACACACACGGCGCGCGUGCACUUGCAGACACACACAUUUCCUGUCUCUGUGUGACACCCACCCUCUGCCGUGCCACCGCGCCGGUCCCCCCGCGGUGUCCUCCUCCCGCCACACACACACACGCGCACUCACACACAAGCACGCGCGCGGGGCCGAGCAGAGAGCAGCUCGCUGACAGUUUGCACUCGGAGGCGUCCUGCUCCAGUCUCGCAGCACCAAUGGCAUCUCCUGGCUCCGGCUUCUGGUCCUUCAGAUCUGAAGAUGGCUCCGGGGAUCCCGAGAACUCCGGCACAGCGAGAGCCUGGUGUCAGGUGGCCCAGAAGUUCACGGGCGGCAUCGGGAACAAGCUGUGCGCCCUGCUCUACGGAGACGCGGAGAAGCCAGCGGAGAGCGGUGGGAGCCAGCCCCCGCGGGCCACCUCCCAGAAGGCCGCCUGCGCCUGCAACUGCAACCAGAAGCCCUGCAGCUGCCCCAAAGCGGAUGUCAACUAUGCGCUUCUACACGCAACAGACCUGCUACCAGCGUGUGAUGGAGAAAGGCCCACUUUGGCGUUUCUGCAAGAUGUUAUGGACAUUUUGCUUCAGUAUGUGGUGAAAAGUUUCGAUAGAUCAACCAAAGUGAUUGAUUUCCAUUACCCUAAUGAGCUUCUUCAAGAAUAUAAUUGGGAGUUGGCAGACCAACCACAAAAUUUGGAGGAAAUUUUGAUGCAUUGCCAAACAACUCUAAAAUAUGCAAUUAAAACAGGGCAUCCCAGGUAUUUCAAUCAACUUUCUACUGGACUGGAUAUGGUUGGAUUAGCAGCAGACUGGCUGACAUCAACAGCAAACACGAAUAUGUUCACCUAUGAAAUUGCUCCUGUCUUCGUGCUUUUGGAAUAUGUCACGCUAAAGAAGAUGAGAGAAAUCAUUGGCUGGCCAGGGGGCUCUGGCGAUGGGAUAUUUUCUCCUGGUGGCGCCAUAUCUAACAUGUAUGCCAUGCUCAUCGCGCGCUUUAAGAUGUUCCCAGAAGUCAAGGAGAAAGGAAUGGCGGCCGUCCCCAGGCUCAUCGCCUUCACAUCUGAGCACAGUCAUUUUUCCCUCAAGAAGGGAGCUGCAGCCUUGGGCAUUGGAACAGACAGCGUGAUUCUGAUUAAAUGUGAUGAAAGGGGGAAAAUGAUUCCAUCCGAUCUUGAAAGAAGGAUCCUUGAAGUCAAACAAAAAGGGUUUGUCCCUUUCCUUGUGAGUGCCACGGCUGGGACCACCGUGUAUGGAGCCUUCGAUCCCCUCUUAGCUGUUGCCGACAUCUGCAAAAAGUACAAGAUCUGGAUGCACGUGGAUGCAGCUUGGGGUGGGGGAUUACUGAUGUCCCGGAAGCACAAGUGGAAACUGAGCGGCGUGGAAAGGGCCAACUCUGUGACGUGGAAUCCACAUAAGAUGAUGGGCGUCCCUCUGCAGUGCUCCGCUCUCCUGGUCAGGGAAGAGGGACUGAUGCAAAGUUGCAACCAGAUGCAUGCUUCCUACCUCUUUCAGCAAGAUAAACACUACGACCUGUCCUACGACACCGGAGACAAGGCCUUACAGUGUGGGCGCCACGUCGAUGUUUUUAAGCUCUGGCUCAUGUGGAGGGCAAAGGGGACAACUGGGUUUGAAGCACACAUUGAUAAGUGUUUGGAGCUGGCAGAGUAUUUAUACAACAUCAUCAAAAACCGAGAAGGAUACGAAAUGGUGUUUGAUGGAAAGCCUCAGCACACAAACGUCUGCUUCUGGUAUGUGCCUCCAAGUCUGCGGGUCCUGGACAACAACGAAGAGAGAAUGAGCCGCCUCUCCAAGGUGGCUCCAGUGAUUAAAGCCAGAAUGAUGGAGUACGGGACCACAAUGGUGAGCUACCAGCCCUUGGGAGAUAAGGUCAAUUUCUUCCGCAUGGUCAUCUCAAACCCUGCAGCCACUCACCAAGACAUUGACUUCCUGAUUGAAGAAAUAGAACGCCUUGGGCAAGAUUUAUAAUAAUCUAGCUUACUAAGCUGUUUCAAUUCUCUAGGUAGACAAUUAAGUUGUCACCAACUGUGUACAUGUAUUUGUAGUUUGUUCCAGAGUAAAUCUAUUUCUAUAUUGUGGUGUCAAAGUAGAGUACAGUUUAAAAAUUGAAAAAAAAAAAACCAAACAUUGCUCCUUUUAAAAAUCCUUUCUUAAGUUUAGAAUACCUCUCUAAUAAUUAGUGACAAAAGGCUGUGUUCUAAUCAGUAAGGAAAAGCUUAAAAAUUGUUACAAAUACUUCCCUUACUUUUAAUAUAGUGUGCAAAUCAAACUUUAUUUUCACUUCAGAGUAGUAGGGUUGAAUAGUGCCAAAUUGCCCCUGAAUCAUAAAAGGUUCUUCGGGGUGCAGUGAAAAGGAUAAAGUAAAUAUAAAAUAUACGUUGACAAUAAAAAAAAAAUCUUGCCUUUUUCAUAGUAUUAGAAAAGAAAAUUUCUAAUUUACCUAUAGCAACAUUUCAAAUGUAUUUAAAUACAUAUAAUUUUACAAAAGGAAAAAAUAUAUAUAUUAAAAACAAAUCCUAUUUUGUAACAUAUAGAUUUUUAUUUUAUAUGGGUUAUACAAACUGCCGGGACAGGUACAGAAACUAAGCCAGACUUUUUUUUUUUCCUUUCUUUUAAUGGAGGCACUAUAAAAUAUUUAGCAAAGUUAUUUUGAAACAAACAUAGGCCCACAAAAUUCUUAAAAGAUAUGAUGUUUUCUUUCUGUUCAUUUUAUGGUGUAUCACAUCCCUAAAGUUAGUAUUACAAAGCAAACACAAAAGUAUACUGCAAUUUCUUUUAAAUGACUGGUCAGAUCAACAGUAAGAUGCUCUUCCCAUUUAAGGUUUUCACCCAUUUGACCUUAGCAGACCCGCUCAGGGGGCAGGACAGCCCACCUCCGUCCUAGACCAAAUUCGGAGACUCGUCUCUGCUCUGCUUUCCAGUUUGGCUGUUUCAAACAGCAGGUUGAUGCUGCUUCUUAAGAUAUCUUCUCAAACAGCAUUCUUUUCUUAGGUCAUUUGGAUUAAUUAGAGAAAAUAAAAAUAAAAUAUAAUUGGCCCAAGCAAAGAAGAAUGAAGCACACUCCAGAACCCAGAAAAUUAAACUUGGCCUUGGAUCUCUGUGUGAGAAUGGCGACUUCAUCCUGGGUGCCAUGCUGCCCCUGCCUGGGCAGAAGUCAUUUCCCUCCUCAUUCCAGCCUACAAAAGUCCCCCCGCUGAUCUCCCCAUCACUGGGAUCCCAGAUAGUUAAUUUCUACUCCCUGGGUGGUUAUUUGUCCUCUCAGGAAAUGAGCUCCUCACCAGGAUUUUGAGACAGCAUCUUAAGAUCUUCUUUCCUCUGUCUCCCAUCAAGAUGCAAGGUGACCAGAGGAUGCGGAGACAAUAAUGUGCUCCUUAGAAUCCAAAAUAAUAUUUUAGAAGCAUCCUUCUGCCUCUGCAAACCUGAUGGAGAGACAUGAGCUAACCAGAGCCCCCACAGACAUGUCGGGGGCACAGACUGUCGGACUCCAUAUCCCCAUGGGAGGGCAGGGGAGCCAUGUGCGCAGACUGCAGAUACGUGUUUAAGAACAUUGGUCUUUUCUGUAUGGACCAGUCAGAUCUCUCGUCAGGAAGACUGCAGGUAUCUGAGGGAAGAAAGAGGACUCCAUCUCUCAUAAGAUAGAAAAACCCUCUGUUACAACAGCAGGGUCCGACCCCUGAAAUCACCGUGAGCUCGCCCUAUGAUCUCUCUCCCAGGUUAUACACAAAAACGUUCAUACUUGAGAUGAACCCAGCUUUGGGCUCUCUCUGUCUGGGAAGCAAAUGGAUUCCCUAUGACUUGUAGAAGAAAACUCUUUAUCUGUGCCCCAAAAUUUCAUGAAGGAAUAAGCCUUUCAUUCUAGACUGUGUCUAAUGGCCAAGCAUUCUUUUCCUUCCUUGGAAUUGGCUGUUGAGAGUAAGCACACAAGUGCCCACCUAUUCGUGAGCCUCAGGCCAAAAGGCCCCAUCUCAGAGGCAGAGACACUGAUGACCAAACCACCGUCCUGCUCAGAGGAGACUGUGGAGCCCAGUGCCCUGAUCUGGACAGACCCCGUUCUACUCUGAGAUGCUUCUACCUAGAGGUACAAGUUCUCUCUCAGAAGCGGCAGCUGUUUCAGUUAAUUGUAUGACAAUUUAAAGGAGGAACAUUUGUGCCUGUGUAUUGACAUUCCAGCAAAAUCAUUUUUUACCAAUAGCUUGUUUCCCUGACCCCCUGCCCCAAGUGUGCUGGGAGCCUUGCUUAAGCCUAUGCAGUGAAAUCCUACAACCAUAACCCAGGGAAGGGGGAAAAUAAAAGCCUGCCAGGUCCCAGUAGCUUAAUAAAUACUCUUCAAAAUAGGUUUGUAAUCCACUCAGGAGGGAGGGAAGGAAGGAAGGAAGGGAGAUUGUUUUGAACUUUAGCCCAAAUUCCCAGUGCCAAAGGCCUUUAUAGGGGACCAUCCUUUACAAAAUAUUAGAAAGUUUUUGUUUUAGCUUUAAUCACAGUUGACAUGGUCAUUUUCAUUUAUACAGCAAUAUUGUAUUUAUUAUUUUCAAAUACUUGAAAAAAAAAGUGUGAUGUGUCUUCAUUGGAGACAUGUAAAUGGCACUGACUUCCUGGACUGUCACAGGGAUGUGAGGAAAGGAAAGGAAAUCAACCGUGUGUGUGACUGUGUUGCCUUUAUCAUACUGACGGUACUGUCUUGUCACCUCAGAUUGGGGUUGUGCACUUUAGAUCUGAACUGUACAGUGUUGCCAAUCUACAUGUGUUGCUGUAAAAGCUUCUGCAGUGUAUUAUUGACGUGUCUUUUUCUGUGUGGUAGCUGUGCUGAUGUUCCCAGAACCACACUCCCGUCUGUUCCCGAGCUCUCUCCUGCCCUCUCUCUGCUAUACUGUGUGCCCUCCUCCUCAGCUGUAACAGAGAGAAUGCCCUCGGCCACGCUCGCUACCGACAAAUCUCCUUUGAGAAUUCUGUGAUUUCACAAAACAUAAGGGGAAUGCUACUUCGUCUCCGAGAACAGAGGAAACCAAUAUGGAGCACCACAAACAGCCAACAUUGCAGGCACCAUCCCUGCUAAGAUCUGGAGUCCCUGCAACUCAGAAUAUGGACCAAGAAAGCACGGGUGUAAAUAUAGCAGCAGGACAAAGAAUCCGGGAGCCUGACAGUUGGUAUCAUCUUGCACGUGCCCUCCUGCUGUCAAAUGCUAAGUGCAAACACUGUGUAUUGAUUAGUUACCUGCGCCAAAAUACUGUUCCCAACUGGUGUUUCUGAAAGACAUCGACAUCCCCCCAGCAUCUCUCCGUCACUAAAGACAGAAAACAAUAAAAAGUAUAAACACGUGGCAACCUGUUCUUCCUACCAAAUAUAAACUUGUGUAUGAUCAAAGUAUUUUAUCUGUGUUGUCUCUCUAAACCCAAAUAAAUGUGUAACCGUGGAUAUA